AUGCUUACAAUGUUUGUUUUCAAGUGCCUUUUAGCCUCAAUUUUGAUAAGCAGAGCUCAUGCUAUUGAUCUAGGCCAGAAUGAUGACUUCCAGCAACUUGCUGCCAGCAAUGUUCCGGGAUAUAACAAUAUGUCUGCAACUACAACAGAGGAGACAUCUGCUAACAUUCUUGCACAAAUGGCACAAAUUUCAUCUUCGCAAAUAGAAGAGCAGACAACUGCAGCGGCACAGGCGACAACACAGGCCAAUGAACAGGAUUCUACUACUAGCGAUACUCAAGUAGCUGUUUCUAGUACAACUAAUGAUGUGAACACUGUUGAAAAUGCAGGAACAGCUACAAGUGCCGAUACAAUUGCUACGAAUGUCGCCAAUACGGUUGAUGCUACAAGUGCAGUUGAUACAGCAGAUGCUACAAGUGCAGUUGAUACAGCAGAUGCUACAAGUGCAGUUGAUACAGCAGAUGCUACAAGUGCAGUUGAUACAGCAGAUACUACAAGUGCUGCUAACACGGUUGAGGCCACAACUACAAGUUCUUCAGACAAUACCGUGAAUAUUGCGGAUACAGUUGAGAAUACAGCUGCAAUUUCGGCUGCUGCCACAACUACAAGUGCUACAGAAGAUACUGCUGCCAAUACUGCCACAGAUACAACUACAAGUGCUGCUGAAGAUACUGCAGUCAAUACUGCAGCCAAUACUGCCACAGAUGCAGCUACGAGUGCUACUGACACUGCUGAAAAUGCAGCAACAGCAACAACGGCAAAUACAGAUGAUGUAACUUCUGCAACAGACACUACCAGCCUUACUACUGCCUCUCCAACCGCAAGUUCAGGCUCGAUCGAUUAUCCGGCACUUGUGAAUUCAGGCGCUGCCACAGUCGUUGAUUCGUCAUCGGCCUUGCAGAAUGCCGCAUACACAAGUUCGGCCUCUGCUUCAGGCUCAACUUCAGCUUCCACAGACUCAGUUUCGGUGGUUACUGCAAGCACAGACUCAUCAACUGCUUCGAGUAUUCAGAAUGCCGUUUACACGAGUGCAGCUUCAUCACUCGUUGGCUCUGCAAGCUCAAGCUAUCAGGAGACAUCACUGACAUACGGCUCGGCUUCAUCAAGCUAUAACGCUGUUACAACUGCCGUUUUUUCAAGCAGUGGCACAAGUGCAUCGUCUUCUUUGACGUAUUCGUCAGCUUCAGCCUCAGAUAACUUCUUAUCAUCUUCAACAACUGCAAAUGCAGCUGUAACAAGCUUGCAACCUUCGUCUGUUGGCAGCUCCUCGGUUGUCACUUCGGCAGUUUCUUCGAGUGCUGAACCCAACGCCUCGACUACUGUUACACCGACUGCAUCCACUUCAACAGAUACAUCUUCUGGAGUCUCUGGUUCGGCAUCGAGUGCAGUUUCUACACCUGUCUCUGCCUCAACCUCUUCUGCAACUUCAGAGAGUUCCACAACUGCUCUUUCCGAGUCGUCCUCGGCCGAGACAACAGUUUCAACGUCGCAGACUUCUGCAAAUCUGGCAAGUAGCAGUACCAGUGCAAGUUCUGGAUCCUCCCAGGUGCCAACAUCCACAUCUAGAAGUACCACCUCGGGUGCACAUUCCACAUUAUCAGUCUCAGGCACCACUUCAAGCACUGCAAGCUCGUCUUCCAAGGUGCUGAGUGUGUCGACAGACGACUACAGGUCGAUUUCGCACUCUGCAGCAAACACUCAGACGACUUCGAGUCUGUAUGAGUCUCCGCAGUACCCAACCAGCACAAAGGGACCUUCAAUUGUUGUCCAGACCUCUGCCUCAUCCUCCAAAACAAGCUCUCGAGCCAUCUUUGGAACGGACUCAGGCUCACAAUCCACCAUAACGGCCACAUCUUCCAGCUCAGAAUCCUCAAAGCCAUCAUCUUCACAAUCUACUGGCUGGCUUCCUGAUGUUAUCGUCACCGCCUCGGCUCCAGACGCUUCAACAACUUCGAUAUCCGUUGCAACCACAGCCUUGCCUAAGGCAAUUUCGCCUGCUGCAACAACCGCGUCUAUCCCAGACGAUUACACUCUGAUUACCAUCGGCUUCAAGAGAAGUCUCAACUACGUCUUCGUGGUUGAAAACUCCAUCUCGUCUGCUCAGAUCUUCGAGUACUUGCCGGAUGUGUUGUCGUACCCAUUCGACAGCAUCGAUAAGUCUGAUGUCACUGUCAAGCAGUUGGUUCCAUACACAUCCUCGCAGUUGAGCUACAUCAUAACCAUUGCUGAGGUGUAUUUCCCCAAGAGCAAGUUGACCUCGUUGCAAAACGAGUUGACGACGUCUGGAUCCAAGAUUUACGAAAACCCAAACAGUGCGCAAAGCACUUUGGCCAAUCUCAUCGAUAGCAGAAUCCCAAUCCAGGGACUUCUGGGAAGCUCAUCGACUUCUGUUUGGAUUGGCUCCAAUAGUGAUUCCUCGUCUGGAUCUGGAAGCAGUAGUGUUGAUCCUCAAAGUUUGGGCUCGAUGGACUUUUCAUCUGAGGCCAAUUCUUCAGUUGGCAAAUCCAGUACAAGCGGUGGAAAGAUGGCCGGAAUUAUCGCCGGUUCUGCAGUCGGUGCUGGCGCGUAUUUGAGUGCUAUCGUUGCCUUUUACAUCCGGAGAAAGAAUAGAAAACAAAAACAGGACCAGGAAAUGACCGAGGAGAAGACCAGACCAAGAAGUAACUUCGAGUCCUACUGUUCGCCAUACGAUGGAAGUUCCUUCGAGAGCUACAAUCCAUCCUACUCAUACUCUGGCAGUGGAAACAUGGGUGACAUCAGGCUCUCAGUUGGAUGUGAUAGUGAGCCUUAUGACAGCGAAGAUUCCGCUUACUAUUCAAGUGCCCACACGAGCAGAUCAUUCCGCAAUUCCGGAUCCCAGCAUUCCAUUCCAAGCAUUUCUGCUCCAAUAAACUUGAAGAACUCUCUUGGAUGGUAA